AUGCUCAUUCCUCGCCUUCGCUCAUCUUUGACCGCCAUCGCUCAACAACCUGCCGCGAAACGUCUCUAUGCUUCCGCUGCCGGUAACGAGGCUUUGAAGAAGACUGCUUUGUACGAUUUCCAUGUUCAAAACGGUGGUAAAAUGGUCCCAUUUGCAGGAUACUACAUGCCUGUCCAAUACUCUAACAUGGGCAUGUUGGCGUCACACCACCACACACGUCAAAAGGCUUCUAUUUUCGAUGUCUCCCAUAUGCUUCAAACACGCCUUACCGGCAACGAUCGUAAGAAGUUCUUUGAGACAUUAGUGGUUGCCGACCUUCACAACUUGCCUAUCGGUCAAGGUACUUUGUCCUUAUUCACCAACGAACAAGGUGGUAUUAUUGAUGAUACCAUUAUCAUGCAACAAGAAAACAGCUUAUAUGUUGUCUCCAACGCUGCAUGCGCCGAUAAGGAUUUGGCCCACAUUAGAAAGCACCUCACUGAAUUCCAAAAUAAGGGUGGUGAUGUUGAUCUUAAUAUCAUUACCGACCAUUCCUUGGUAGCCAUUCAAGGACCAAGUGCUGCUGCUGCCUUGGAAGGCUUAGUAGGCCAAAGCUUGAGUGAUUUCGGAUUCAUGCACGGUAAGAAUUUGGAUAUUGCAGGUAUACCUUGUCAUGUUGCCCGUUCUGGUUAUACCGGUGAAGAUGGUUUCGAGCUUUCCAUCCCUACAGAAGAAGUUGUUAGCAUUACAGAGAAAUUGUUGGCACAUCCUGAUGCUGAAUUAGCUGGUCUCGGUGCCCGUGACUCUCUCCGUCUUGAAGCCGGUCUCUGUUUGUAUGGCAAUGAUAUUGAUGACACUACCACACCUAUUGAAGCAGGUUUGACAUGGACUAUUCCUAAAUCCCGUCGUGAAACCGGUGGCUUUUUGGGUGCUGAAUAUAUCUUGCCUCAAAUUAAGGGUGGUGUUAGCCGCCGUCGUAUCGGUCUCAUCGUCAGUGGUGCCCCUGCUCGUGAUGGCGCCAAGAUCUUGAACCAAGAGGGAGAAGUCAUUGGUGCAGUCACUUCUGGUUGCCCUUCUCCUGUUCUCAAGAAAAAUAUCGCUAUGGCUUAUGUCAAGAACGGUUUCCACAAGAAGGGUACCGAAUUGACCGUUGAAGUUAGAAAUAAGGCUCAAAAGGCUGUUGUUACCAAAAUGCCCUUCGUCGAAACUAACUACCACAAAUAG